AAAAUAGAAAAAAAAAAAAAGGAAUAUCAUCUGUUCCCUUUUUACCCUCAUCUCUCUCUCUCUCUCUCUCUCUCUCCUAGGGUUAGGGCUUUUGGUCUGAUUCACGCUCUUUUCCCAUGCUUCUGCUGGAAAUUAGGGUUUUCGAAUGAGGUUUUCUCCCAAUGGCUGUGUUAGGGUUUAGAUCGAAUGCCAUCUUCUGAAGGAUUUUCGACAUUUUUGGUUCUAGAUUGAGCGGUUUCUUCAGAUUAUCUUCUAUUCGGAUCGGAAUUGUCAACAACCGGAGUUCAGCUUUUUUCCCUUACUGGAUCUUUUCUUUCGAGGUCUCGAAGGCCCGAGCAUAUCGGACGGUUCGGAUCUCCUGGCUGGGAAUGUGUGAUCACUGAGGGGUCCUCUACUCCGACGUGGAGGAUCCCGGUUGGAAGGAAUCUCAAAAUUUGACUCUCUUGAUGAUAUUUUGGCUUUGAAGAGGUGGGCCGGGGUGUAACAUGGUCGUUGGAAUCGGGCAGUGGUGAUUUUACGGCCAGGAAAAAAAGGGGUUAUUUGGAUUAUUCGAAAGAUUCUAGCAAAUGUUCUCUACCGGAACGGAUCCUGUGCCGGAAACAAGUGGAAUUGUGGGUAAUACCGUUCUAAUUCCGACACGGUUCGUAUGGCCUUACGGGGGAAGAAGGGUCUUCCUUACUGGAUCUUUCACGAGGUGGUCUGAACAUUUGCCGAUGUCCCCAGUGGAGGGCUGCCCGACUGUGUUCCAGGCUAUUUGCAGCUUAACACCAGGGCUUCAUCAGUACAAAUUUUUUGUUGAUGGGGAAUGGCGGCAUGAUGAGCGGCAACCUUCCGUGACUGGGAACUAUGGCAUAGUGAAUACAGUCCUGCUAGCCAGAGAACCUGAUCCUUUUCCUGCAAACUUGAUUCCAGAGACGCAUGGCUCCAGAUCAAACAUGGAUGUGGACAAUGAUGCCUUUCAGCGCGUGGUGACACUAUCAGAUGGAACACUGCAGGAGGCAGCACCAAGAAUUUCAGAGGCUGAUAUACAACUCUCUCGCCAUCGUGUUUCUGUAUUUUUGUCUACACAUACAGCCUAUGAGUUGCUUCCUGAGUCAGGCAAGGUUAUCGCCUUGGACAUUAAUUUACCUGUGAAACAAGCAUUCCAUAUACUCUAUGAGCAGGGCAUUCCCGUGGCUCCUCUUUGGGACUUCUACAAGGGACAAUUUGUUGGAGUCCUUAGUGCGUUGGACUUCAUAUUAAUUUUGAGAGAGCUUGGGAAUCAUGGGUCAAACCUGACGGAGGAAGAGCUUGAGACGCAUACAAUCUCAGCUUGGAAGGAGGGGAAAAUGAAGGUUAGACAAAUAGAUGGGAAUGCUAGACCAUUCCAAAGGCAUCUAAUACAUGCUGGUCCCUUUGAUUCUUUGAAGGAUUUAGCCUUAAAAAUCUUGCAAAAUGAGGUCGCUACAGUUCCAAUUAUUCAUUCUUCUUCACCAGAUGGGUCCUUCCCGCAGUUGCUUCAUCUGGCAUCUCUUUCAGGAAUACUGAAAUGUAUUUGCAGGCAUUUCAGACAUUCUUCUGGUUCGUUACCCAUUCUGCAACAGCCAAUCUCUGCAAUUCCUUUGGGUACGUGGGUUCCAAAAAUUGGGGAAUCAAAUGGACGGCCAUUAGCAAUGUUGAGGCCACGUGCUUCUCUUAGUUCGGCGCUAUCUUUGUUAGUCCAAGCUCAAGUUAGUUCAAUACCCAUAGUUGAUGAUAACGACUCCUUACUGGAUAUUUAUUCUAGAAGUGACAUUACAGCUUUGGCAAAAGACAGAGCUUAUGCACAGAUCCACCUUGAUGAAAUGAGUGUUCAUCAGGCGCUGCAACUUGGACAGGAUGCGAAUCCUUCUUUUGGCUUUUUUAAUGGACAGAGAUGCCAGAUGUGUCUGCGGUCCGAUCCUCUACACAAAGUGAUGGAGAGGUUGGCAAAUCCAGGGGUACGACGCCUUGUGAUCGUGGAGGCUGGCAGCAAGCGUGUGGAAGGCAUCAUUUCAUUGAGCGACGUGUUCAGGUUCUUGCUUGGUUAGUCCAAAAGUGUUGUUGGAUCUCUCCCUUGGGGUGCUACCUUCGAUUCCUCGGUUCUUGCUGCACUCAUCUCCCAUUCGCACCCCCUCUGAUUGGUGGGCCAUUUUUAUGUGUCUUUGAUUGGGUGGGCCUCUAUGUUUCAGAGCCUUAUCUUUUGGGAUAAAAGGCUUCAAGAGGUCUGUAAAUUUCUCCUCCUUUUCUGUCUCCCCCCAUCCUUUUAAAUUAUCAUUAGAGACUCUUUGUGCUGCUAGUGGUUGAAGAUCAUUGGAUAUUGGACCCUAUUCAUGAUUCAAAAAAUGCUUCACUAACAGAAAAAGUAGCAAAAGAAGGAAAUGCUAGAAGCCAUUUGAUGCCA